AUGCCCGCGCGCCCCGGACGCCUCCUCCCCGCGCGGCCCCGGCUGCUGGCGCCGGCCGCGCUGCUGCUGCUGCUACUCGGCCCCGGCGGGCGCGGGCGCUGGGGCGCGGGGGCCCAGGUGCCGGGCGCGGCGGCGCAGGAGCCCCUCCCGGCGUUCGGCGGGGAGCCGGAGGACCCGCACACCAAGCACCUGUACACGGGCGACAUGUUCACGCACGGGAUCCGGAGCGCCGCGCACUUCGUCAUGUUCUUCGCGCCCUGGUGCGGACACUGCCAGCGGCUGCAGCCUACUUGGAAUGAACUGGGAGACAAGUACAACAACAUGGAAGAUGCCAAAAUCUACGUGGCUAAAGUGGACUGCACGGCCAGCUCAGACGUGUGCUCCGAACAGGGGGUGCGAGGAUACCCCACCUUGAAGCUGUUCAAGCCUGGCCAGGAAGGUGUGAAAUACCAAGGUCCCCGGGACUUGCAGGCGCUGGAAAACUGGAUGCUGCAGACACUGAACGAGGAGCCUGCGACACCGGAGCCAGAACCAGAACCGCCCAGGGCCCCUGAGCUCAAGCAGGGACUGUAUGAGCUCUCUGCAAACAACUUUGAGCAGCACGUCGCACAAGGCGACCACUUCAUCAAGUUCUUCGCUCCGUGGUGCGGUCACUGCAAAGCGCUGGCCCCGACCUGGGAGCAGCUGGCCCUGGGCCUCGAACAUUCCGAAGCUGUCAAGAUUGGCAAGGUGGACUGCACGCAGCACCACGCGCUCUGCUCUGGCAACCAGGUCCGAGGCUAUCCCACGCUCCUCUGGUUCCGGGACGGCAAAAAGGUGGACCAGUACAAGGGAAAGCGGGACCUGGACUCGCUGAGAGAGUAUGUGGAACAGCAGCUCCAGGGUGCAGACCGCGGCGCCCCAGAGACCACCCCACCCACGGAGGCCCCGGUGGGUGCUGCAGAGCCCGAGGCCGACAAGGGCACUGUGCUGGCACUCACAGAAAACAACUUCGAUGACACCAUAGCAGAAGGAAUCACCUUCAUCAAGUUUUACGCUCCGUGGUGUGGCCACUGUAAGAACCUGGCUCCUACCUGGGAAGAACUCUCUAAAAAGGAAUUCCCUGGCUUGGCAGAGGUCAAGGUCGCCGAAGUGGACUGUACUGCUGAGCGCAACAUCUGCAGCAAGUACUCGGUACGAGGCUAUCCCACAUUGCUGCUUUUCCGCGGGGGAAAGAGAGUCAGUGAGCACAACGGCGGCAGGGACCUUGACUCGUUGCACCACUUCGUUCUGCGCCAGGCGAAGGACGAGCUAUAA